AUGUCGGACCGUUUGAGUCAGCUGCAGGACUUCGUAAAUGAUCUCGCUAUUCACAUGUGCAACUCGAUUGGUGUUCUACAUGAGACUGCCCCGCCUAGCUCAUUUGAUGACGCUGAGACUCGCACUACCACUCCUCGCCCAGACGCAGCGGAAGUUGAGGCACAGAGGGCAGAAUCACGUCGAAACAUUGAGCUUUUCAGCAAUCUGAUUACCCGUAGCUUCAAGAAUAUUGAUACUUUAAUUGAUUCCCUUCCGUCCGAGGAAUCCACAUCCAGCCUACAAGCAGCCACACUCCAAAAGAUACAGACUGAAAAUCAGGCGGAGGCAGAGCGACUAAGAUCUUUCGUGGAAAAGGGAGAACGAAUCCAUGAUAAGAUUCAGGCAGCACUGGACGAUAUUGCUGACACUCAAUUGGAUGCUCGGAGGCUGACAGUAAAGAACAUCACCCAGUACAAACUGAAAAAAGAGGAAGCGAUCAAGAAUGAAAUGAAAUACGAAGUUCCUUUUAAUUAG